UCAGACAUCCCAGUGUCUAUUUCGCCGUGAAACACCGAAGAUCACCGUGCAGUGACUUGGUUCUACCAUGUGCAAUGAGUAUCGACCAACAUGUUCUACGCACGACCGUUGCCUCUUCCCUGGGUUGGGUGGGGGUCUGGGGUAAGGUUAUAUAUACCAUCGUCCCCGCUAUGGAACAGUGGGCCUUGGAGGUAUUGAUAUCUUUCCUCGUCUAUCUUUGCAAACAUGAGGAAGCCGUCCCAAGAAGUGCCUGAUGGGUCCCGUCCGCCCAACCCUGACGUUGAUGCUGGCGUCAAGUUAGAGGGAGCAAUCGAGUCGAUCGACACGGCCCUUGGUCAAAUACUCGAGGUGCAGUCGUCGCCGGAACUGGAGAGGAAGGUGCUACUUAAGCUCGACUUGGUUUUGAUGCCCAUGAUGUGUUUCGCAUACUUCCUCCAGUUUCUGGACAAGAUGGUCCUUAGCCAAACGACCUUGUUUGGUCUCCGGGAAGACCUGCAUCUGGUGGGCGAUGAGUACGCGUGGUCGUCUGCCAUAUUCUACUUCGGUUACCUCGCCUGGAGCUGGCCGAAUUCGUACCUUCUCGCCCGGCUGCCAAUUGGCAAGUAUCUAGGAAUCACAGUCUUCCUCUGGGGAGGUAUUGUGAUGUGCCAUGCCGCCAGCAAGGACUUUGCUACGCUCGCAACAGCCCGGUUCUUCUUAGGUGUGGCAGAAGCCGCAGUCGUCCCAGGAUUCGCGCUUAUCACGGGCAUCUUCUAUAAAAAGGAAGAGCAGCCGAUACGCCAGGCUGGGUGGUACUUCGGGAAUACAGUAGCUGCUCUUGUCGGAUCGUUAAUCUCCUACGGCAUCGGCCAUAUUACCAGCACGCCCCUUCCUGAAUGGCAACUCAUGUUUCUUAUCCUUGGGGCUGUUACUGCGGCAUUUGGCCUAUUUCUGAUCCCAAUCCUGCCUGACUCGCCAGCCACGGCGAUCUUCCUCACGAAAACGGAACGCGCCAUCGCCAUCCAGCGUACACUCGAGAACAAAACUGGGGUCUUGGACACUGGCACUUUCAACGUGAAGCAAGCCAUCGAGGCACUCAAGGAUCCCCAGGCGUGGUUUCUUGUUCUAUACAACUUUUGCGUGAACCUUUGGAACGGCGGUCUUACAACAUUCCUCGCGCUCCUCCUAAAAGGUUUCGGCUUUGGCACCUUCGAAAGCCUCCUCUGGCAAUGUCCCCUCGGCGCCGCCGAGAUCCUGUACCUCGUGUUCACCGCCGUAUUCGCCACGCACGUCCGGUCGAGACGCAUCUUCGCCGGCUCGUCGCGUAUCUUCAUGAUGAUCUUUAGCACGGCUGCCUCACUCCUCGGCGUUCUCCUCGUCUGGAAGCUCGACGAGUCGAAGAAAGCGGGCAGACUGAUGGGUAUCUAUAUCAGUGUUGGCUAUGCGAUUAAUAUCCCGCUAUGCAUGAGUCUUGUUACGUCCAAUGUAGCUGGCUUCUCGAAGCGUAGCGUUGUUUCGGCCAUGGUGUUUAUUGCUUACUGUCUGGGGAAUAUUGUUGGGCCUCAGUUUUAUAAUGAGUCGGAAGCGCCGUCUUAUCCGACUGGUAUCAAAUCCGCUGUUUCGGGGUUGUGCUUUGCGACUUUCUUCCUGCUCUGCCUGUGGGCGUAUUAUAUCUAUGAGAACGCUCGCAGGGAUAGAGUGUAUGGUCUGGCAUCAGAGGUAACCGAGACAGAGGAGAUGCGAGAUGAACUUUCUAAUAAGACGGACCGUGAGAUUCCCAGCUUUCGAUAUGUUUGUUAAUAGUUGGAUAUGUACAAUUAUAGCAAUCAAGGUGGUCCAGAG